CGUUCAAACAAAGAGGAUAAGAUAACCCAGGACACAAACGGGAGGGGGGCAAACAGAGCAUACUCACCAAACUCGAGCUCUCUCCCUCCGCGGCUUCUGCUGAAUGAAGAUGGUUUCGUUAUGCCAUCCUGUUGGAAUCAGAACAUGCGGGAAAUUUGCGACGAGGAAUGCAGCCAAGGUCCUGUGCUCCAUGGAGACGCCACCGUCCCAGAGCACAAUCAAGGUUGUUAUCAUCGGGGCCACAAAGGAAAUUGGGAGGACGGCGAUUGUUGCAGUGAGUAAAGCCAGGGGCAUGGAGCUCGCAGGGGCAAUCGAUUCCCAGGGCAUUGGCGAGGACGCGGGACAGAUAAGUGGCAUGGAGGAGCCGUUGGAAAUUCCGGUGCUCAACGAUCUCACAAUGGUUCUAGGCUCCAUAGCACAAUCGAGAGCAACUGGCGUGGUUGUUGAUUUCAGUGAACCUUCAACUGUUUAUGACAAUGUCAAGCAGGCAGCAGCAUUUGGUUUAAGCAGCAUUGUCUAUGUUCCGAAAAUUGAGUUAGAUACAGUAACUGAACUUUCAGCAUUUUGCGAGAAGGCAAGCAUGGGUUGCUUGGUUGCACCAACAUUAUCGAUUGGCUCAGUGCUCCUUCAACAAGCUGCUAUACAGGCCUCAUUUCACUACAGCAAUGCUGAAAUUGUGGAAUCAAGACCUAACCCAUCGGACUUGCCUUCGCAAGAUGCAAUACAGAUUGCAAAUAACAUAUCAGAUCUUGGCCAGAUAUACAACAGGGAAGAUAUGGAUACCAGUAAUCCAGCAAGGGGCCAAGUACUUGGAGAAGAUGGAGUGCGUGUACACAGUAUGGUUCUUCCAGGUCUUGUUUCCAGCACAUCAAUCAAUUUCUCAGGCCCAGGAGAGAUUUACACCUUACGGCAUGAUGUUACAAAUGUUCAAUGCCUAAUGCCAGGAUUAAUCCUGGCAAUAAGAAAGGUGGUACGGUUGAAGAACUUGAUUUAUGGCCUAGAGAAGUUCUUGUAGUGCACAUCCAUCUCGGUAUAAAGAAGCCAUAACUUCUGGCUGUUGCUGAUUAUCAAAUGGACAGGAACAUAUCUAUUUCCGGGCAUGAGGUAAAAAAAGUACCACAAUCACAAGCAAGGUAGAUCACAUCUUACAAGGCAACCAAAUGACAAAGCUCUGAAUCUAAAGAUUGCACAGAAGACUACUCAAAUUUUCAAUGCACACUACGUAGGAAACACAAUUUUGUCAAAAGGCAUGGGGGAGAAUUUAUUAAAGAAAAGUCACUGGUAACAGUACCAAGCCAACGAAUGGAGUGGUCAGACUGACAUCAAGAUUCAGUUCCAUCAGCAAAUCAAGGAGUAUCUAGUUGUAAUCAAGAGAUACUGUAAUUCAUCUUGUAUGUGGCAAAUCGGUGGCCAAUUCAGCGCUACCUUUCUCUAGGCAUGGUGACAAUUUAAUGCAGAAGACUGAGCUGGAACAAAUUGCAUCAGCCUAAUGCAAAUCCCUUGUACCAAUUUAAUCCAUUCAACUGCGGCCUAUUUCUUCAGCAGAAA